GGGGGCGGGGCUUCCCCGCGGCGCUUCGCGGUAGGCAGCGGACGACUUCCGGCAAUAAAGGCCGACGCGUCGCCGUCAGGUGCGGCCUUUGGACGUCCGCGCUCCAGAUGGGCCGGGGACAGUCGGCGCUGCAGGUGUGAGUGAGAUACGCAGCUUUGGGCUAACAUCAGCAGUGCUUGUCCAUCUCCCGGUUCUAGUGCAGCUGUGUGACCACCACUGUCCCAUCACUGGUGCCUGCCUAGCACUGAAGGCGUGUGCAGACAUUUAAAUGUUAAAACCAUGCCAUUUUUGGGUCAGGACUGGAGAUCUCCUGGAUGGAGUUGGAUUAAAACAGAAGAUGGCUGGAAAAGAUGUGAGCCCUGGAGUCAGGAACUUGAAAGGGAGAAUAACCAGUGUAACAUCAGUCACAGCAUUAUCUUAAAUAGUGAAGAUGAAGAAAUAUUCAAUAAUGAAGAGCAUGGAUAUGCAUCCAAAAAAAGGAAAAAGGACCAUUUUAGAAAUGACACAAAUACUCAAUGUUUUUAUCGUGAAAAAUGGAUCUAUGUCCAUAAAGAAAGCACAAGAGAAAGACACGGCUAUUGUACCUUGGGGGAAGCCUUUAAUCGCUUAGACUUCUCCAGUGCGAUCCAGGACACCCGAAGGUUCAAUUAUGUGGUCAGACUGCUGCAGCUGAUCGCCAAGUCCCAGCUGACCUCGCUGAGUGGUGUGGCCCAGAAAAAUUACUUCCACAUUCUGGACAAAAUCGUUCAGAAGGUUCUCAGUGACCACCAAAACCCUCGCCUAAUCAAAGAUCUCCUCCAAGACCUAAGCUCUACCCUUUGCAUUCUGAUCAGAGGAGUGGGGAAGUCUGUUCUGGUGGGAAAUAUCAACAUUUGGAUUUGCCGACUAGAAACUGUUCUCAGCUGGCAGCAGCAGCUACAGAAUCUUCAGAUGACUAAGCAUGUGAGUGGCGGCCUGACACUCAGCGACCUCCCGGUGCACAUGCUCAACAACAUCCUGUACAGGCUCUCGGAUGGCUGGGACAUCGUCACUCUGGGGCAGGUGACCCCAACGCUGGCCGUUCUCAGUGAGGACCGGCGGCUGUGGAAGAAGCUCUGCCAAUACCACUUCGCCGAGAAGCAGUUUUGUAGACAUUUGAUCCUUUCAGAAAAAGGUCACAUCGAAUGGAAGUUGAUGUAUUUUGCACUUCAGAAAUACUACCCAACUAAGGAGCAGUACGGAGACACAUUACAUUUUUGUCGGCACUGCAGCAUUCUCUUUUGGAAGGACCGCCGCCUUGCUUUAUUACUCGAGGACUCGGGGCACCCCUGCACGGCCGCCGACCCUGACAGCUGCUUCACACCCGUGUCCCCGCAGCACUUCAUUGACCUCUUCAAGUUUUAAGAGCAGCGUCACCCCGCCGUGGCCGCUGGUGCAGGCACUGGAGAGGACGGGGAAGGCUGUGGGGAAGAGUCCCUGGCAUGUGGGGCAGGAGUGCACUGCUGUGUGCCCAUCUUUGAAAGGCAUCAGGCAUGCCCAGCAAAAUCAUUCCUACUUCCUUCUUUAAGAAAUUCUUUUCUGCUAAUAAGCACAUUAAAAUUUGCAACUUUGCAUAUUUGUGAAUGUGGUUCAAAAAAGAUUCUAUACUUUCAGCACAUUUCUGUGCUGAAUUAACACUAACAGCCCAUAAUAUGCUUCUAAACUGUUAAAUGAUAGUUUCUCGAUUUUGUAGUAAUUGGGGGUAGAUACAGAGCAUUGAUUCUUGUAAGGACACUGCACAGAAUAUUUAUUUUUCCUAAGAUGUAUUUUAACUGUAUUGAUUGUAUCCAGAUGAACCCUCCCUGAUGCAGAAGGAACCUGGGGAGAUGUGUUUGGUGGUGGGCUGUGGUCCUGGGCUCACAGCAGACACUGCAGGGAUGGCCCUGCUCUCUGCUGACCCUGGGGUCUCAACCCAGUCAGAACAGCCCAGUGCAGCCUCACUUCACUGCUCUAAAACCACUUUUAUAGGCAAAGUAAUAAAUCAUGUUUACUGAUUUUAA